AUGUCCUGUUAUGUGAAACUCCAUCGACCUCUAAAGUUUCAGCAAGGUUUUUUUUUUUGAAUAGGAAGCAUUCCAGAAGCUUCCAUCAGAAAAAAACUUCGAAAUUGUAGCCAUCGGAAAAUUUUUUGUGCUCAACCAGCCGCACCCUUUUAACUUCGUCUCUCGUAUUUUUUGUGGUUUGGCGUAGCCUCAGAGGUUGUUUGGCCUCGGUCGCACUCUUGCGCGGGUCGCGGCGAGAGUUUGUACGGAGCUGCGCCGGUAGCGGAAGCACAACGGACGGCUCUCAGCUCCUUCGCCACAGAACAAACAGUUUGUCUCUUUCGCCCCCCUACGAACGCGAGUUUCGAAUCUUCAAUUGGUGGCUCACGUCCGUCUUUUUUCACUCUCUUUCAAGGUUUUGAAUCUAGAAUUCGUUCAAAAUCGAAAUUUCUGUCCAAAGUCAUACUUUUUGUUCUUUCCAUUACAGCCUUUUUCUAGUGCAGGGAAAUAAAAUUCCUGAAAUCAGUUUUUUCGUCUUGAUACUUUUGUUAAGUUUAUCUCUGAUCUUUUGAGAACCUCAUAACUUAUUAUCUACCGAUAUUUCUGUAGCAUUUGAAAAAUUUCUAUACAUUUGAAAGUUUCUAUAUACUUUUUUUCAGAUAAACCUGGUCUAUAAUUUAUAUAUAUUUUUAAGUAUAGGGCCAUUUUUUUGGCUCCUUUCUAUGGCUUGAAGCCAAAAUGAUUGAAAUGAAGCAAAAAUUGUUUUCAAAUUGAAAAAAAUUGCACUAUUCUGAAGCGUUUUUUUCAGGACGAAAAAUUUCCUCGAAACGAAAUUCGAUUUUUAAAUUUUCAGUUUUUUUGUGAAUUUAUAAAUUCAAAAAAAUUGGCAAAUAUUUAAAUGUCAGUGAAAAAGAAAAAGAAAAAAACUUCACCGAAACUUAUUUUUCGAUUUUUUUACUUUUUCUAUGUUGCUGAAAAACCUCUCAAGAUAUCGGUUUAUCGGCGAAAAAUGUUUUGAAAUAUUUUUUGGCCUUCUUUCCUUUUUUUUUAAAAUUUCUUCAAGAUCUUAUCAGUAAGGCACUUUUCUCGGCUGUGAAAAGUUGAAAUUUCAUUUUAUUAGCUUCAAUUCAAAUGUUGUAUCAAGCUGUGAUUUUUGAACUUUCAGGUCUUGAAAAGUUCAUUUAAAAGAAAACAAAUUAGACGCCCUUAUUAGUAGUGCCUAGACAAGCCUCUUGAGUCAUUUCAAUUGACUAUUGUCAUCAAAUUGUCAUUUACGAAUAAGUUGACAUGUUUUGGGAAGUAUUUCAAAUUUUUUUUAGUCCUCCUGGCAAUAUAAUAACUUCAUGAGAAAAAAAUUUUUUUGUAAAUAAAAAAAUUUAUGUUUUUCUUUUAUGAAAGUUUUUCAAAGGUUGAUAGUGAAUUGAACCGGCCUUUUUUUGGAUAAAAAGCAUGUCUAAAAAAUGAAUAAAAUUUUUUCAACUGAUAUCAAAUUUAUUCCUCGGAUAUAUUCUGUGUGCCGAGACUUGAAAUUUCACGGAACGACAUUCCGCUGUGCCGCUGCGCGCCUUUUUUUUCUUUUCUUAAGGUACUCUACUUUCAUGUGCUCCCACAGCAAUAACAAUCAAUUGAAAGCGUGACCUAGAUUCGAAAGUCGCUUCGCAAACGCACGCAGCGGAACAGCGGAAUGUCGUUCCGUGAAAUUUCAAGUCGUGGCACACGGACUAUAUAUAUGCGAAGAAUAUUGUAGGAUCCAUCAGAAGCUCUGUGAAAAACUUUGAAUUUGAUUAAACGACUUUUGUCAUUGUUUAAACUGUUUUGAGAUAUUCAGUUAUUCUGAGUUUCUCAAAGUUUCCUAUUGAUCAAGGUAAACUGAGUUUCACGGUAUUCCCAUGAUUUUUUGCUUUUCAUCCAAGCUUUUGGAUUCUCCUUUUUAAACAGGGUCUUUGAUCUUUUCCAUAUUGAUAUUCUCAGUAGCAUCUGUGGAUUACGCUCCAGUAGAAACUUCCCCUCUCAGCUUUCACACGAUUAUUUCAUCGAAAUCCUUUGGGAUCCGCCUUUCUCGUCGCACUCUGCCGAUUAAUUGCUGCCUUGCCUUGUUAUUGAAGAAGGAAUGGUUCUUGUGUUUUAACAGGGUUGCCAUGGCGGCGGCGGUGGUCGGCGCCCGCUGAAACUCCGCCGCGCCGAACUUCCAACCGACCGCUGUUGACAGAGCUCCCGACGACGACGAUAUUAGUUGUGCCACGAAUCAGCGAUGAUAGUCUUGCAUCCACGAGUGAGUUUUUCGUACUCUUCACGACUUGGAAUGAGUCCUUGUCGUUAUCGGUUAGAGCCUUCUCAGUGUGCAAAAAGUUUAAAGUAUAAAAAAAUAUAUUUAGAGAAAAAAACGAGGGAAAAAUAGUAAUGAUUUUUGCACAAUACGAGUCCCCUAUUUUUUCAAGGAGGUCCAAUUUUUCCGAUUUUCAAGAAGAUCACGGAAAAUCAACGAAUCGCAAUGUUUUUAUAUAGUCUAGACUAAAUUUCCAACAUUAGCCUAAACCACGCCCAGUUUUCUGCAAUUGUGGCGCGGUACUUUCUGUCUCAUUUUUCUCCACUGCGAGGUUCCUUUUUGGAACGCCGUGGUCUGUUCAGAUUUUAAAUUUCAAGCACAAUGACGUCGUUCUAAAAGGCUCUCUGGAUGGCUUGCCCUCUGAUUGGUCUAUCACGCCAUUAGGGGCGGAGCUUGAGCGUCGACUUAACAUUCAAAACUUGAACAGGCUGUAGUUUACUCUAGAAAAUUUAGAAGCAAAACAAUUUUUAAAAAAUCUUAAUUGACAAUCACAGUAAGCUGUGUUAUAAAUGGAAUAAAAGCCUCAAUAAAAAAACCCUCAAACGUCAUUUUUUUUUUCAGGACGGUACUAA